AUGAUAAUGUCUCAUAGUAAUGAUGUCCUUUAUCAUACAGUAUUUUGAGUGAGGAGUAGUGCUGCUGCUAACAGGUGCUGGCAGUUUAACCUGUUACUCAACGAAGUCGGAAAAAGAACAGGGCAACGAGCUAAAUCGGUUGUAAAUGGGAGUUCUCCCGUUUGUGUCAUGUCGAAAGUGAAAGUAUGGUUCAGGAGGCUAUUUAGUCUGAGCAGCAGAGAAAGUCAGAGAGUCUGAGACUGUGAACACACACAGAGCUCGGGUGAGAAAUAACUCCCUCUGGAUGGGAAAUAAUCUCCUUCAGUAAUCCAUAACCAGCUACGGGCAAAUCUCCAAAAUCAACCAUGAAAUCUGUAAAUGCUGUGCAGCUGUUCAUUCUGGUUUGGACCUUUACUGCUGUCUGUAAAGCUGAUGAAGAUGUCAUAGUAAGCUGUUAUGAUGUGACUGGAUCUGUGGGGAAAGAAGUGAAUCUCACCUGCAGCGUCUCUCUGAAUAUCACUGAAUGCUGCAUUACAAUGUAUAAGUUUCAUUACUCUGAGACCGAUAAUGACUCUGCAAUCUGUCGUCAAGAUGUUUCUGUGAACUCCUGUGAACAGAGAAACAGUUUCACAUGCCCCUACACUCCACCUAAAGCGAUGACAGAACAAUUAAGAUUCUUUGUGCAAACAAACUGUGGAACGGGAAAAGAAGUAAUCUUCAUUCUUAACACAGUUUCCUCAGGACGUGUGAACCCAGUAAACCCAUCAGGAUCCUCUCCACCAGAGACAGCAGCAGGAUUCAAAGGAACUGUCAUCACUGUGGCUGUGGCUAGUUUCAUCAUCAUCAUCAUCUUCAUCAUGAUGGUGAUCAUUCGUCAAACAAAACCGAACUCCACCAAACUUUGUAGACGCCAGAACUGGAUGUUUCUGAGAGUCAGACAUGAUGAGGACAACAGUCGUCCAGGAAAUGUGAUAUUAUAGCACUGAGUUUUGUUUGACUUUUCACAUGGUGCUCACAAACACACAAGCUUUAUUUGAACUCCACUAAACUCUACACUAUCUUAUUUCUUAAACUACUGGAUAUAUAACUCUGGAUGUAGGUUUUAAACUAUUGUUUCUGUUUUAUAUUUAUUUCUGUGAAAUAACAGCAUAUUAUUGAUCAGUUUUGAUCAGAGUAUAUGACUUAAAUAAACUCAAACCUUUGUGAACUUGAAGAAGAAACAGCGAAAAUCAAACUGUGUUUUCUGACUUUCAAGAAAUGUCUAACAUGAAUGACAUUUUUAUAUAUUAUAUAAUACUGUGAAUGAUGUGGUUUUGUACAUUAUCUUUUUUUUUUUUUUUA